UUGUGAUUGUGAGAGUGAGGUUAUAAAAUGGAUAAUUUGACGUUUGGUACACAAAGAUUGGUGCAUUUGGAUCUGAAAGGCGCUCCGCCCAAGAUAACUUUUUUCGAAAAGUUUUUUCCUUUCAUAAAGGAUUGUGGGGCUACUGGUAUUUUACUAGAAUGGGAAGAUACAUUUCCGUUUACGAAAGAGUUAAUACAGAUAGGGGGCCUGUCCAACAGUGCCCAAGUGAGUGGUGCACCUUACUCUUUAGAAGAGGCUCGACAACUACUUGAUUUAGCCUCAGAUUGUGAUUUAACAGUGAUACCUUUAGUACAAACGUUUGGACACAUGGAAUUUGUUUUAAAACAUGAGCAAUGGCGGAGUUUGCGAGAAGUGGAGGCAUAUCCCAGUUCCAUGUGUCCUAGUAAUAGUGAGACCAUGCCACUCGUUAGGAGGUUGGUGAAACAAAUUGUUGCAUUCCAUCCCAAUAUAACCCACCUUCAUAUUGGAGGCGAUGAGAUCUGGCAUAUGGGACUAUGCCCUGCCUGCCAAAAAAGAGUACAAACAACUAAAUACGGUAGAGCUGGUCUGUACCUUGAUCAUGUUACUGAACUAGCUCAAUACAUCAAAGAUAAUUAUCCAAAUCUCAAGAUUAUCAUUUGGGAUGACAUGUUAAGAAAUAUCGACUUACAUAUUUUACAAGAUUAUUAUGUAGGAAACCUAGUAGAACCAAUGAUCUGGCAUUACAAUUCUACAGAAACAUUUCAACUAGGUGGUUUGUUGUGGGAGAAAUACAGUAACAUUUUUUCCAACAUCUGGGGUGCGACUGCAUUCAAAGGGGCAACCAGUAGCUGCCAAUUGAUCCCCGUAACUAAAUAUCACAUAAGUAAUCACGAGGCUUGGCUGACGGAAUUGGGUGUACAUGCUGGGAAGAUAUUGAACUUCCGUGGCAUUGCUUUGACGGGGUGGUCGAGAUUUGACCACUAUGCAACGUUGUGUGAGCUAUUGCCGUGUGGCAUUCCCUCUCUGUGUUUGUGUCUGAAGACUUGGUUGGCUGGUGGAUAUUCGCAUGAUAUACAAGACUCAGUUGGUAAAAUGUUGGGAUACAAUGACACGUUUCCACAUCCCGAUUAUAUGUACUUAAGACCACCAUUGCCGCUUCCCCAACUGACAUUUCCUGGUUGGCAGGUCCUGGUUGGCUUCGAAUGGCUAGCUAACUUAAGAACUCGGUACAAAAAUAUAGUAAACAGUGAUCAGAUGCAAACGUGGUUCAAUCUGUGGCAGGUUUCAAAUAACUACACAAAUCCUAUGCAGAUCAACACUAUUUUGCCAGUUAUUGCAGACAUAUUGAUAGAGGUAACUUCAGUAGAAAACUACCUAAAAGGAAACCUGGAUCAUUUUUUUUACCAGCACACUAUAGAAGAGCUCAUGGGAACCCUGCUAAUACCGAUAAAACAACACCUGAAGCAAAUAAAGGCUGAUUGUGAGACGCAGCUCUCUCUAGGCUGCCGAGUAAGGGGCUACAAGCGAUUGAGCCUUUAAUUAUAUUAUUUGAUCUGCCAUGCUCACAGAGAGGGGCCCAUCAUAAUAAGACUAAUGAGUUUAGAUUUGUAACUAAUUUAUUGCUCGUUUCAUUUCCAAGUCCUUUUCUUUUCAAUAAACGCUUGGGGAUAGCCUUUUUCUUUAUUGUGGCAGGCGUUGCUAAGUCAUUUGAUUUUUCAUACUUGAAAUGUUUGCACAUUGUGAUAUCACAUGAUAAGAUAUUUUAUUCAUAUAAGUAUAUAUUUAUAU